GGCACAGGUGAGUGCACUGCUGGGCACAGGUGGGUGAUCUGCUGGGCACAGGUGGGCGGAGCUAGUGGGCGCACUGCUGGGCACAGGUGGGCGGAACUUGCGGGUGGCACUGCUGGGCACCGAUCGCUGUCAGAUCGUGAGGAAAGUACUGCCGAGAACCGGCAGUUGUCAGAGCGGGGAUCGGCACCGAUCAUCAGGGCACUGAUGAUCGGUGCCCUGAUGAUCGGUGCCCAGCAGUGCCACCCGCAAGUUCUGCCCACCUGUGCCCAGCAGUGCGCCCACUAGCUCCGCCCACCUGUGCCCAGCAGUGCACCC